CUAUGGUAGUCUGGUAACAUCGAAAACAAUGUCAAAAUAACAAAUUUCUACCCCAGGGCUUCUCUAAAAUAAACCGUAAAUCUAAUAAAAUCAAUUGUAAUUAGUUUGCAAAUAUGAUUUAAUAACUUGGUUUAGAGUGCUUUACAGUCAUUAACAAUGCGUAACGGGAGAUAGCUUUAGUUUAUACGAUGCAUCGGUGCAGCUUGAUGUCCUGACAGGUAGACGAAAAAGGGAAACAAAGCGAAAUAUUUGUGUUGAGUGCGAUUGGAUCGGUUGAAAGAUAAUGUAUUCCAAGUCUUACGAGACGACCAAGGACUCGUUCCUGGAGCAGGCGAAGGCAGCUCGCGAGGAGCGCGCGUUCGAGAAGAAACGAGAGCAGUCUGCUACCAGAAUCCAAGCAGUCGUCAGAGGAUGGCUCGAGAGAAAGAAAUUCGUCAAACGUAUACUAAACGAUUUCGACGAGCUCCUCCCUGAGACUUCAAGCCAAGGCUCGCAGGAUGAGCCUCAGCCAGUGGAACUGAUACCAGCAUUGGAAGUAUACCGAGUGACAUGCAGGCUGUUCCUGGUGUUCAAACAGCAGAGAGACCGCAAGAGAUUUGAGAACCUCUGCAGAUAUAUUGUCCAGAGCUUGCACUCCGAGUCUGUCAAACUGUCCUAUGUUGGGGUCUUCCUGAAUAAAGAGUACAGUCUCCGCUGGAUAGCUCACAUCAAGGAUCUUCUCUACAAAUGCUGCCAGUACCUCGAAGAGCUGAAGCCUGAAUCUCCGAUAGAUAUGCAGAGCAUCCUCAUCCACCUUCACACCCUAGUGGCAUUCACUGCCAACAACACUUGGGCAAUCACUCGUCUAAAGAAUUUUGAGAAGCUCAGGGGUGGGAUGACUCAGUUGUGUGCUAAUGUCAUGGGAUCACUCUUCCAUAAAGGAUAUUAUUUAACUCUGAAGUCUCUACUACUCCGAGGGUUAUGUCGCGAGAAGGUAUACCUGAAGAACAUCUCCCUGACUGCUAUAGUGACGCUGUCGCUGCGCCCCCUGGUGUCGGCCCAGUUCUCGGAGAAGCUGCUCACCAUGUACAUCAUACAGAUCCUGUCUGUACCCACACUGGUGUACCAUAUGCAGCUGAUAUCUCCUGAGUCGAUGUCGUCGUACCGGUCGUACUCGAUGUUCGACAAGUGCCUGGAGUUCCUGAGCACGGACCAGAACAUGCGCAUCGUGUUCAACACGCUGGAGGGCAACUACGCGCUGUGCCUGCUCGCCAACCUCGUGCAGAUGGCGCACUGCGAGCGGGACCAUGCACAGCCGGAGACUUAUCAUCCUACGUUCGUGUUGGUGGUAACACGCUUCCUGGACUCGUGCCAACAGUACGUGGUCUGCAAGAAGGGUAACUUGAGCAACUGGCACCCAAUCCUCGGCUGGUUUUCCCAAGGUUUGGACAACUUCCUGCCACCAGCGAUGGGCAACUUACGGAACCAACUGUCUUUGUUAUGGGCAGCGCCAUUAUUGAAGAAGUUGUUGGCUACUCCCUUGAAGGACAUGAUAGAUGCAGGAGUGAGUGGCGAGGAGGGAGCAGGGCCCUCGCAACCUUCCACUCCGGUACAGAGUAACAAUCCUGCUGCUAUUAUUAGAAGAGCUAUCGAGGCUAGAACUAAUAGAUCUAACGCGAACAAACACUAUAGGAAGCUAGGUUCGCCGGACUGCACGAAGACGGCGCUCAUAUGCUCCAUGUACCACACGGCGCUGCAGACUAUGACGCAGGUCAAACUUGAUAUACUUACAGGGUUAUGUAAUCAAGAUGAAAUAUUGUAUUCGUUAUGGCAAUUUUUGUGUACGCUGGGACCAAACUGUGGGCUGAAAUCGUUCCUAGAUCUCUUAGCUGUUAACACUAAGACAUCUGCGCCGGAGUUCCAAAUGUUGAUACUCUUCGCAGACUGCAUGACGCAUUAUGUUACGAUAUUGGACGACAUGGAGAUGUACGAGCAGCAGAACCCGUUCAAGUUGCAAGACUUCAUCAACAUGUCGCAGUUCCUCAACAUGUUCGUCUACAAGUCCAUUAUGGGACAGUUGUUUGAUCUCAAAACCAUCCAAAGCAACGAGUUGUUCAGUUCCCUGCACACGCUGCUGCUGGUCCUGUACCGCCGCGACUGUCGCCGCGCCUACACGCCGCCCAACCACUGGCUCGUGCGGGAGAUACGCGAGGGACAGUUCAUGGCCGACCUCGAGAAGGGGAAGAAACCCCAACAAGUACUAGUCCAAAAGACGCCUCAUAUGAUUGCACACGGAGAACGUGUCAGAUUGUUCCGACGCGCAGUAGCUGAUGAAAAGGUGGUGCUGGGUCUGACGGAGCGUGCAUGCGGCGGGCGGUCGACGCUGGUGACGGUCCGCCGCGCGCGGCUCGUGGAGGACGGGUACCGCCAGCUGGCCGCGCUGCCCAGCCGGGCACUCAAGGGCUGCGUCCGCGUGCGGUUCAUCAACGAACAGGGACUCGACGAGGCCGGCAUCGACCAGGAUGGGGUGUUUAAGGAAUUCCUGGAAGAGACGAUAAAGCGCGUGUUCGAUCCGUCGCUGAACCUGUUCCGCGUGACGAGCGAGGAGCGCCUGUACCCGUCGCCCACGUCCUGUCUGCAGGACAACCAUCUGCAGCUGUUCGAGUUCAUCGGCAGGAUGCUGGGCAAAGCUGUGUAUGAGGGUAUAGUAGUGGACGUGCCGUUCGCGUCGUUCUUCCUGAGCCAAGUCCUGGGCCAGACGCAGCAGGCGCUGUACUCCUGGAUCGACGAGCUGCCGUCGCUUGACAGAGACCUCUACCGCAGUCUUACGUACAUCAAACACUUCCAGGGUGAUAUAUCAUCGUUGGAGCUUACGUUUUCUGUGGACGAGGAGCGGCUCGGGGAAAUAGUCACUCACGAACUGGUUCCCGGCGGGAAGGCAGUGCCUGUUACUAAUGAAAACAAAAUUAACUACAUUCAUCUAAUGGCGCACUUUAGAAUGCACACUCAGAUCAAGGACCAAACGAACGCCUUCAUCAAAGGGUUCCGAACUAUCAUCAAUCCAGAGUGGUUGUCCCUGUUCUCCACACCUGAGCUGCAACGGCUGGUGAGCGGCGACAACGUGCCGCUGGACCUGCGCGACCUGCGGCGCCACACGCAGUACUACGGCGGGUUCCACGACUCGCACCGCGUCGUCUGCUGGCUCUGGGACGUGCUGCAGCGGGACUUCUCCGAGCACGAGCGGGGCAUGUUCCUCAAGUUCGUGACUUCGUGCUCCAAGCCACCAGUCCUUGGAUUCGCUCACCUUAAGCCGCCAUUUUCGAUCCGAUGCGUUGAAGUUGGGGACGACGAAGACACUGGAGAUACAAUAGGUAGCGUGAUCCGAGGCUUCUUCACAAUAAGAAAGAAGGAUCCCCUGAACCGUCUACCAACAUCGUCGACUUGUUUCAACCUACUCAAGCUGCCAAACUAUCAGAAACGAAGCACCCUCCGUGACAAACUCCGAUAUGCCGUAAAUAGCAACACCGGCUUUGAACUAUCUUAAUGCAGAGAUCACGAAAAUAUUUCAAACAUGUUGACGAUGAUUACUUGAGGUCUAUUCCAUGGUACAACUACAGUAUUUCGAGACACUGAUCCAAAAAUAUAUACGUUUUAUGGAGCUACUUUUGGUAGCCUUUCCCACUUUUGGAUGGCAACCCACUUCAAAGUUGCCAGUUUUAUUAGUUAUUUCUACCAAGUUAUAAUUUUAUCUGUGCCAAAUCGAUAAAUUAUUGAAAUUUUCGUACAUAUAAUUGUAUAUAGAUUUUAUUUGGACAGAAAUAAUGACGAUAAAAUAAUACUGAUCAAUGCAAAAGAUGAUUUUCUAUUGAGUAACAAUGAAAUCAUCAUUGGAAUCUGUGUCUCGGAAAGCUAAACUUUGCGUAUCAUGGUCUGAACUGUUAUUGGAUAUUCUAAAUCGAAGGAGAAAUCCUUAUGUGGUCCAUUUACAAGAAUUUUAUUGAGGCGUCAUUCCGUGGUUACAUAUUUUAUAUUAGGUACUAUGUAAUAAUAAUAUUAAUGAUCAAGUAAGAUCAUUAUAGGAACUAGACUACUCAAUAGAGUUUGAGAUUAAUAUUAAGAUUAGUGUUGCUAGAUGGAAAAUUGAUAAAGUUGCCUUAUAUUUUCAGUACAUUUAACCCCAGCAGGAUUCUUGUAAAUGGUCCACAGAUGACAAUAGUCAUGAAAAUACCAAAUCGCAGGGUAGGAGAUAUAUUUUAUUCACAAAGACUCGACCUUAUUUGAGGCCAGUGAUAAUGCAGAAAUGUGUUUCCUUUUUUUACACCAAAAAUAUGAAGCUGGUCUUCUAAAUUGCCAAUGUGGCAAUAUUCUCUACAACAGGUACAAAUUAUUAAUACUCAUACGUUCUUACCUUUGCACUGGUUUGUGGCAAUUUUAAACAUUUUAAUCCUAUGUCGCACCGAGAUUUCAUGUGGUUGCACAGCACUGUUUUCACCGUUUUUAAUAUUUUCACGUUUUAACAAGAACUUUGUCGAUCUUAAAACCAUGGUGAGAUUUUAAUAAUCUAGUAUCAACUGUAAUGUGUGCUCAAACUUAAAAUUCUUAAAUAUGUAAUAAAUAUUCAGGAGUUUAUUCACAGUUUUGUGCACAAAAAUAAACCAAAGAACAGUUGGAAGCAGAAAAUUCACUCACGAUUCUCCUUUCUAUCAAAACUCUUCUAAUUACUUAAUCGUGAUGCAGCAGAACUGAUAUGUAUAGGCUGCUCCUAAACACUUCUUUCUAAUUGAACGAUCUCAAAAUGCCUAAUGCUGAGUAUACACUGCACCAACCUUUAAAGUCUUGUACUUUAUGUACCAGAAAUCGCAAUAAUCUUCAUAAAGGUUAGUGCAGUAUAGACCAGCUAUAGAGAAUACGCCGCCAAAUAUCUAACGGAGUACAUUGAAAAGACUAAUGUAAGAAAUCGGAUUUGUAUAUUAUUUUAUUGUGUGGUAAUUAUGUUGCGUAUAUUCAUAGACUAAGCUUCAGCAAAAUUGUGUGUGACUGCUGCACUAUUAUCGAUGUUAAUUGUUUUUAUAGGCCAGUAACUUAAUUUUACUAGUAUCUAUGACAUGUAUUCGAUUUUAGAAUUCGGAAGUAAUAUGUGGGGCGCAUAGGCCAUUUGGUACGGGUUUUAUAUUCACCUGUAAUUACUUAGCAAUAUAGGACUUGAGACGGAGACGGUAUGUAUUUGCCUUUCGUGUGGUACAUUUUCUUGUCCAAAUAUUCUAUGUACAGCCGCGUCUUAUACAGAUUAGGCCUACGUAAGUACGAGUGUACGGUACGAAUUAUAUUAUUGUAUGUAGAACGAAUGUACGUUUGUAAACUAGAUCUCGUCAUAUACCCAUAGAGUGUACAAUAUCAAAGGUGGAAAAUGAUAAACUGAAUUCUAAAUAAUCCAGUCCAAUGUAUAAAUAGGUGUAUUGUAUAUAGACAAUAACAUAUUAGUUUAACUUUUACUAAUAUUAAACUUUAUUUUAUUUACCUAUUUAUGUACAGUUUUUGGCUUUUGUAUUGUCAUUUCUUAAAUAUCAAAAUUCGUAAUAUACUGGCGAUUUUCAUAUUUUUAGGAGAUUAUUUUUGUUCUAAUGGUACACACAAAAUGCAAGAGAAAUCUAAAUAAACAGACAAUGCAAGAAGUUGGGGAGACAAGUUAAACAUAUAAGGGUACAGUCACUUGUAAUAAUGUCUGUCAUAGUAAUACUUCCACAUGUUGAUUGAGAUACACUGAAUAAUAUUAUUAUAUCAGUUUUCAUUUAGGUAAUGUGCAAACAUUAUUGUAAAGGACUGUACAUUUGUUUUAUAUUUUUAGGACACUAGAGUCACUAUUAUUUUUUGUCACUUAAUUAUUGCACUAUAAUAUUUUAGAUCAUCAUAUUUUACAAUUAAGGUCUUCAAUAGUAAUAAUUUGCAAUAUUAUUAUAGAUUUUGUGUCCCUAUGUGUUGUAUUUAUUUGUCUGUAGUUUAUAACAGCAUAUUUUAUUGUAUAAAAAUUAUAUUUCGUUGUUAAUUUAGUGCAAUUACUUUCAAACAAUUUAUAUCAACAUUGUAUACAAGAAAAGUCUACUGCAGAUUAAGUGAUUAUGGUCGGAAAAUGUUUUAUUGCAUCUUAAAUAUUUAAUUACAUGACAUUUUUCAUAAAACUUUUCUGCAGUCAGUAAUCAACUGUUGAACAAAGAUAGUAUUUUGUAGUAGUGUUUCCAUUAUAAUUGAAAACUUUUAAGUAUUUACUAAUAUAUGCAUAGACAAGGAUCAUUGUAAGGGAUAUUUUGUACUAGCCACGUAAAUAUGUUGUAUAACACAAUGUGAUUCUCUGUGAUAAAAUAAUUGAUAUUUAUUA